AAGCAGGCAGAAGAAGAAGAUGAUGAUGAUGGCCAUGGACGGCAAGCAGCAUUUGAGCCACCCCGGCCUGCACGCUCAUGGGGUGCAUGAGAGCAUGCGCAGAGUGUGUCUGCCGGGCCCACCACAGCUGCAGGCCAAUAUAUUGGGGGGCGGCGUGGAGGAGAGCCUGCUGGCGCGGGCAGAAGCUCUGCAGGCGGCGGCUGACAGCAUCAGGAGAGACGGCUGCACCUUCCAUACCAUGAGCACCUCCACCUCCUCCUCCUCCUCUGUCUCCUUGCACGUACCUGCUAUCAUCGCACCCCAGAAUCAUCAUCAUCACCAUCAUCACCAUCAGCUAGGACAGAGCCUGGAGGCCGGGGAUCUUCUGGAGCAUCUCUCCAGCAGCCUGGCUGUGACCGGGAUGGGUGCUCCAGAGCCCGGCAUGGCGCACCACCAUCAUCAACACCACCACCUGCAGACCAUGGGGCAGCUGCACCAGGCCAUGGCCGCCAUGGGUCACCCUCACCCGGCCAUGCCCGCGCAUAGCGACGUGGAGUCAGACCCACGCGAGCUGGAAGCCUUCGCCGAGCGCUUCAAGCAGAGGCGCAUCAAGCUCGGCGUGACGCAAGCGGACGUGGGCUCGGCUCUGGCAGACCUGAAGAUCCCCGGCGUGGGCUCGCUGAGCCAGAGCACUAUCUGCAGGUUCGAGUCCCUCACGCUGUCGCACAACAACAUGAUCGCGCUCAAGCCGGUGCUCCACGCCUGGUUGGAGGAGGCCGAGGCGGCGCACCGGGACAGGAGCGCCAAGCAGGAUCUCCUCGGAGGUGCUGGUGCUGGUGGCCCCGGGGACGACGCGAGGAGGCGACGGCGCACCUCCAUCGCCGCGCCGGAGAAGCGCUCCCUGGAGGCCUACUUCGCCAUCCAGCCGAGGCCCUCCUCGGAGAAGAUCGCAGCCAUCGCGGAGAAACUGGACCUGAAAAAGAACGUGGUUCGAGUGUGGUUCUGCAACCAGAGGCAGAAACAGAAGCGCAUGAAGUACUCGGCGGUGCACUGACACUGAACGCAUCACCCAUAAAACAUUUGUGAGGCAGCUCUUAUCACUUCUCAAUUUUGGGAUUAUCUCCUCUAUUCUUCAUUUUAGUGCACUUUUUUUAAAGCACUAAUCAGGAAUUGUUGAACACAUUACUGUGCUGUAACUUCUAAAAGACACUUUGUCACUUUCAGGGACGUUACGUCACUUUACAUCAUCUGAUGGAUGGACUACUUCAACACAAUAUUGACAUCACGUCUUCACUUUUUUCUUCCUAAGUGCAAAUGUUACUGACUGUCUCUUUAAAAAAAGGCACAGUAUAAUUAUUAUUAUUAUCAGUUGUUGAAAUGAUCUAAUUAAAACUGUGGAUUUUCCCCUCACACACACACACACACACACACUUUUCACAAGGUUGUGUUCAUGUUCAUGAAUGAACAAUGGCUGCUAUCAUUUAAUAAUAUUAUAUUUAAAAGCGGAUCGACAUUAUAAACUCACUGGUCACUUCAUUAGGUACACCUGCACAACCCAUUGACGCCAUGUAUUUUUUUUAAAGCUACAUUUGGACUCAUUCAGCAAUAUUUCUUUAAUUAUUUUAUAUUUAUUCCAUAUUUUUGUGUGGGAUGUUAUUGGGUUAUGUGUAGCUGUACCUAUUGUGGCAAGACAGCACAUCGUUUCAUAAUUGCUCACCCUUUUUAAAGACAUUUCGUUGUUUAAAUGUAAUUAAU